AUGGAAAAGAACAAUGUGAAAAUCCAUUUGGAGAAGCAAUCUAUGGAAGAAAAAUUGAAGAAUUUAAGGGAAAAGAAAACUGGCCAAAAGGGUAAUGAAGCUUUUGGUUUUAGAAAAAGAAAUGUGAAAAUUGUUUCUAAGAAGUUAGAUGAUUUGGAUCCACCAUUGACAAAAGAACAACAAGAAGAUCAAGCAAAGCGUAAUGCAUUUCUGGAUGAGCUUAAUGCUUUGAAUGCAAAGCUUAAUGUAGAGGAAACUGAAAAGAAGAAUGCAUAA